UUUCAAUUCCACGUCGGCAAUGAAGUUGUUAGCGCUGGGCGUCGCACUCUUGGCGAUGGUUUUGUCGCCGGUGGAAGCCAAGAAGUGCAAGAAACUAGUGCACACCUGCAUGAACGGUGUAACGAAGGUGUAUCCGAACCCAGACAACGACUGCAAGUUCGACCUGUGUCCCGAAGACAUGGAGGACGAAGACGUGGUCGCCCAAGUCGAAGCGACGGUGGCCGUGUCCACUGCCGCCGUCCCUACGGCUUCCACGUCAGUGCUGGACAAAUCCCAAGCGAAGCAUCUCGCUGAAUCCGAAUGGACUGAGUUGGACGACGCGGCUGUCCCUUCCUUGUUGCGUGAUGCAGCGAAACUCGCGUUCGACUUGUACAAGGAAAAGGCUGUGUGCGAAGAGCUCCAGAUCGAGUACUCGUCCAUCGAAGUCAAAAACGCGUCCGACUUCAUUGGAACCAAGAAUAAGGAAUCCAAGUACAACAAGAUCCCGACACAGUCGUACCAUGUCGUUGCAAACGUGUCGUGCAUGCUGAGCGGGGAGCAGCAGGUGCCUGGCAACUUCGUCCUGAACAUGGAACACCACGGGAAGGACUCGCUCAAGUACUUCCAACUGGUCGAGUGUGGACACGAAGAACAGUGGGGUCAAAUGGUCAACUGGCUCACUAUUCGUGACGGCCGCGCGUAUUGUCAGACGCCUGCGGGGAAAGCCAAGUUUGACUCGCAGCCACUGCACUUUGUCAACGCGGCGGCGUCGCAGUCGGACCCGAACUCAAUCAUCAACGUGAUCAAGAAAGAUAACAAGUACAUUGCGAUUACAGGGGCAAUAGUCGGGCUGUUGGGAGUCGUCCUCAUUGCCACCGUGAUGGCCGUCGUGACGAGCCGUCGAUCGAAGCGCGGCGCGAAAAACUGGACCAAGCAAAACGUGCCCACCAAGCCCACGAUGAGGUCCGUCCUCGAAGUGGAUGUGACUACCGUGGAGAACGAAGUCAACUCAACGCGGGGGCUCGUCGACGGCGUGUCCACCAAGAACAACAUGGAGGAUAUUAAGAUUUAACUGUGAAAACUAUGCCAAGUCAGUAACCUCGCGACGUGUUGUGCAUGGGAUUCGUAAGAGCACUACGAC